AUGGCCGAGGAAAUAGACGAUAAUGAUUUCUAUCGCGAAAACUUCAGCGCCGACUCGGAUUGGGAGGUGUUCAAUGUGCAGCUAGGCGAGCUUCUACAGAAAUGGGAUGUGGCCGUGGAUAUGGGCGCUCCACUGCAGCCGGAGGAGCUCUUCCAUUGCAAAUGGCACGUGGAGACAGAGCGGCUGGACAUGUUGCGAAAUAGCAUUGCAGUAGAUUAUUACGAAGCGCAAACAAGUGAGAAGGGAUCGCCAACUGCAGAGAGCGAGCCAGGCAGCGGCUGCUUGCAGCGCACGAAUUGCCAUCACGACUUGAUGAGCAAUUUGAACACCUUCGGUCCGCCCAUACGCAGUUCCAGUGAGCUGCAUACGCUGGCUAGGAUCUAUGGACUGCGCCGCUUUGUGCUGCUACAUCCGGUUCAGGCGUCUGGCAAUUACAUGAAGUCCACCUCUGAGUUCAAUUUCUUCUUGAGCGCCGCUGCUGUGGUGGCCGCUGAGGUGUCCAGCGUGGUGCCAAUCUUUGUGCAGAUCCAUGAUCCCAAAUGGAAUUUCUAUACAGGAGUCGCUAUGGCGCCCGCUCUGCGCACUAAUUUUCGACUUAUUGGACUUGAGCAGGCGCCGCAAGAGUGCCGUUAUUUGUCGGGUCUGCUCACCCUCUUCCACGACAAGCUGCCCUCGGCGUAUACUCAGGAGGCGAGGGUAUCGGUGCGUAUGACCUACACGCUGGACGCAGUUCGCAUACGCAUGCCAUUGUAUGUGCCGUUCAAUCAUGGCCUCGGCUCGGAGGACAUUGCCAUCGAUGGCGAUGUGGAGCGUCUGGAUGUGCAGCAUUUCUAUGCGUUGCCACAUGGCUAUGCCCCGGAGUCGUCGACCGAGAGCUAUCUGGUCUACACCUGGCCAGAGCUGUUGGAGAGCGUAACCUUUGACAGCGAACAGCGCACGGAUUUCGUGCCCUCGAAAGCGCCAUUGGGAAAGAUCUAUUUAUCGGUGGAGGCUUUCUCCUAUCUGAGCUUGUGCUUGGCCGAUUAUCAAACUGUGGGCAGGGUCACACGCUCGCUGGAGUCCUAUGUGGGUCGCAAUUUCUCCGGCAUGAGCAGCGGCGCCGAGCGCACAAAUCCAUUGGAUAAACUGACCGAGCACAAGUUGAGCGGCAGAAGAGAGCGCAGCUAUGAGCUGCCCUCGCAAGAGUCUCUAACCAAACGUUUGCCAGGUCCCAUGACCGAGAAGGAACUGAUCGAAUUGUUGGCCUAUCUCUUUCCCGAUAUGUAUCCCGAAAUGGCGCUCUUUCCCUAUGCCAAGCAGAGCUUCAAAGAUAAGUUUGAUCCGAUGCGCAUUAAGAGCGCCGUUCCUGAUUCCUUGGUUUGUCGUCUGAGCAGUUUGCUGGCCACCUGUCACGCCCACUUGGGCAGCUUGGAGGGCAUGGCACAACUGUGGGCGGCCUUUACACGCCAGCUUCGUUUAUUUUGGGAUAAUUGCUUAACAGUGCCCGGAAUUGCGCCUGGCUUCCCGGAUACGCGCACCUGUCUGCUGCAUCAGAAGCUGCAGAUGCUCAACGUUUGCGUGGAGCGACGCUUGCAGCGCGAGGCGUUUGGCAAGCGCAAACAACAGCAGACGAAGGUCAGCAACGUCGACGAGCAGGAGGAGGAGGAGGAGGAGGAGGACGAUGGCGAGUUUUAUGAUUGUGAUGAGGCUAUCCCGAGCAGUGGUUCACCAACCAAAGCUGUGUUGAGCCUCAAGCCCGAGGGCCGUUUGAAGCGUUUGGGGCAGGAGCGUUUGCUAGAUGAGACGGAAGAAUAUCUAUAUGUGCCCGAGACACAGGAGCCGGUGCCCAAGACCGAGGAUCAGCUGCAGGACGAUGCGGAGGUAAUGCUGAAACUGGGCCCCGGCUCCGGCUUGAGCACACAAAUGAUGUGCACUUCCCUGCUCUCCGAUAUGGAGGCGUUCAAGGCGGCCAAUCCACGCGGCAGAAUGGAGGACUUUAUACGCUGGUACAGUCCCAAGGACUGGGAGCAGGUGGUGGAUGACAAUGGCGAGAGCAGGCAUCAGCUCAGCGUUCGCAUGACCACCGAGGGCAAUACCUGGCAAAAGGUUUGGGAACAGGCACAACCGGUGCCAGUGGCCAGACAGCGCCGGCUCUUCGAUGAUACGAACGAGGCGCUGAAGGUGCUGCACUAUCUGGAAACGCGCAAUAUGAGCGAGAUCUAUGGCCUGACCAUAAUACCAACGCUGCACACGGCUAUACUUAAGUUGAUUGACAUCUUUAGCAAUGCCCAGGUGCAGGAUAUAUUUGCCAGCCACAUUGAGCAGCUACUAAAUGACUUGUGCCGCCUCUCACGCUCCCAUUCCAAUGAGCUGCCUCAAUUGGAGAGCCUGCUGCAGGAUCUCGCCGAGCUAGAGCGUCGCUUCUAUCAGUUCAAGUGCUUCGAGAGACUCGCUGGCUAUCCGAAGCGCAGCAAUCUGGACGAGAUCAAGCGCCAGUUCGAGGAGAUACUGAUGAACGAGAACUGCUGCACUAUUGUGGAUAAGAAGCGCGGAGCUGCGGGCGAUGUGCUCUGCAGCGGCGGCAGCUUGUAUGAUCUGCUGAGUCCCAAACUGGAGCAGGAUAUCUCGAGUCGAUUGAUCAGCAAGGAUUAUGUUAUACGUUUGGAUGGCGAUGCCAAGUCGAGGGAGAAGGGUCUCUAUCUGGGGCCACAAUUCAUGCGCGCAAUUGUAACGGGCGAGAAGCUCAGACUCUGUGGAGCCUUCACUGAGAGCACAGUAUUUGUCUAGGCGGACGGACGACUCAGCUGACUGAAUGAUAUGCUAUAUACAUAUAUUAUAUAAUUAUACUAUACUACUAUAUAAACAGUCUAAAACAUACUCUCGCUCUCUUAAGGUAACUAAAGUAAUUCGAAGUUAAACUCAUUCAAUAUGAUCUUU